AUGGCUCCCGUCCCGGAGGCCUAUUUCCCGUCCCUGGACAAGUGCUUCUCCGGGGACGUUCAACUCUUAUCCUGGAAAAGAGCUUUUCUUUACACCCUCGACCCUGAAGGCCAUGCCGAUGGAGGCGCUAUCAACGCCUUUCUUUCACACCCCGACAGCAUUCGCCUGCUUUCCGAGAGCUUGAAACCGUUUCCUUCCCCUUCAGCGAAAUCCAAAUCCGAAUUCGAUUCCAAAACUGCUGCUAUUCACGUCGAGACCAAUGGCCAAAGCUCCUUCAAUCUUCAGGAAAUCAAAGCCGACGCUUUGUGGUUGAGCGAAAAGGCUGGGAUCGACGAGAUCGCUGCUCUUCGGAUCGCUGUGCUGGAAUGGCAGGACCGCCCAGCGACGCGCCUCAACCUCGGCUUCUCUAGCGAGGAGGCGACGAGUCUACAAAGCGCGACUGGAACCGAGAAUUUUCGUGGCUCUUUGGCCGGCCCCCACCUGGCCGCUGUUCUGAGCCAGACAGGCCGAGGCGAGGGCAUCUCGUCAUUUGACACAGAGGAGCAGAGACGUCUGCGGUUGCGUGAGUUGUAUCUUUAUGAGGCAACUCAUGUAUUGAAAACACUUCGCAAACUACUUACUCUGUCCUUGCAUGAUUUUAUUCCGGACAAUGGCUCAACUUCAUCAGCCAGCUCGAAGCGCAAGCUCGCUUUGCAAAAGCUGGGGGCCACUAUUUUCCAGCCCAAAUCGUCAGGUGCAGGAUUGAACCAAUUCGUCCAGGAAUCCAUCACCUCAAUACGCAGUCGGUUGACGGCUUUGGGGCGUGAUGGUGGUUGGCUGAGUGCAGCAGAGAGCAAUGAGGAGAUUGAAGGCAUCUGGAGAACAAGCAUUGUGGAAGAAGUUGUUCACAUCUUGCAACUUGUGUUCCACCAGCUUUCGGCCUCGGUGGAAAUCCCAACAGCAGACCUCCUGCUGUCCUGGCUUGAGCUCAUGACCGAAUAUGGCUUCUUACAGACACAGCAAGUGCCUUGUCAGCAACCAGAGGAAGUGCUGCUGCCCCUCCAAGCUUUCGCAUCACUUACCACAUUGGCCUUCCUUAAGAUCCCCGAAGUCAUUGAGUCGCUCACGAGUCGCAAGUAUUCCGGAUACUCGUCGCAACCGUACUUCUUAUCCAAACAGAAGCUUUCCAAAAUCAAUGAAACCUUCCUCGGUGUGUGCGAGGAUGUCGUCCUUGCAAAUCCAGCAGUACUUUCGUGGGGCUUAAUUCUCCAUACUAUCGCAGAAUUGGCAACCGAAGACAAGGAGACCAGAGAGCAGGUGCAGCUUAACACAGCCAUCGAUUCGUUCCAAUCGAACACGCAACACGCAGGAUCAUCCCAAGGCCUAGAACACUCGCUUUGGGAAGACUUGUUGGACUGUGCCCGAACCCCGAUACACACUGCCGAGGAAUCGAUCGUUAUCUUAACAUCCGAUCCAGUCAAAGAAUCGGUUUUCAAUACCAUCACUAUCCUCUCUUCAAAGAUCGGAUCAAUGUCAGCAGUCGACGAUGGCCUGACAGCCCGGUGGAUCCGCUUGUGCCUCAUUGACUCCAUCCGACUUGCAAUUAUGUAUCUGGAGUAUACAGAUGUUGUGGAAUCCGUGCUGGCAAUUCUGGAUGACGAUGACAGUGGCUUUUUAAGGGACUUGGAUUCUUUAGGGCCCGCCAGUGAUCCCAAGUGUGUAUUUGCCAAAGACCGCUUUCUGAUGGACAGCAUCUUCAAUGUCGCACGGUCACGUUUCCCUUAUGAAACUUCACCUUUUCUGCGACUUUGUCGGGUUCUUGUUAGUGGACACAGUUGGAAUGAGGAUGGCUUGCCAGAGAUCCUAGACGAGGUGGAAAACAUGCAGUCCUUCACGCAGAUCAUGCAGCCCCAUUUCCAAGGCUAUGCAACCAUUCGAGAGGACGAGGACGCAAACUUUGUGGCUUUGCUUCAACCCCUCCCAAUGUUCGAGGUUGCAUCUCGCCAUCAACAUUCCGAGAGAGCAUCAAGCAAUGCUUUAGUUGUCAGUGGCUCUUCUCAACUUCCCACUCAAACAAUUGGCCAGGUCAUUUCUGAUUCGAAACCAGCGGUCAUCAAGUGGGUACAUCAAUACUCCUGCUUGAGUUUCUUGGGGAGCUGGCUUGAAGAAUGGAGCGAAAAUGGUGGACAGUCGCCUGGAUGGACCGAUGACACAGGCACGGAUAUCAUUGCGCUCUUGACAGAACUGAUAGCCAAUUCUAAGACUUCAAGUACCGAAGCGACCAGUGGCAAGCGAAUUUUGGAAUUGGCUAGCGAUGGGCUGUCUAAGCAGGGCGACAUCAUAUCAGUGGUCUUCGACAUUUUCGAGCGCAACCUGCAGAAUAUUGGCUCUCGAGGAGACCCAACCAAAUGUUCAAGUGCAGCCAUGGCAUGCUUAGGCUUCAUGAAAGCCCUUAUCAAGGUCCUUCCCAGCCGCGUAUGGCCAUUCCUCGGACGCAGCAGUUUCAUUGGGUCCGACGGUAAAGGUGGCAUGAUGAGCGCAAUUAUCUCAGCGAUGGAGGUUCCCUCUGGUGAAUAUCCGUUCCUGGUCAGCUGCGUCGAUUUCGUCGAAGCAGUCGUCGAUGAUGCGGCAUCCCGAGCAGUGUUGCGGAAGAGCCCGAGCAGUGUGUCAAGUAAAUCGUCAAUUGCGUCUGAUUGGAGUGCGGGUAUUCCUUCUCAUGUCAUGAGAAACAUUUUGUUGAAUUUCACCCGUGUGAUGGUCGAGAUCUUCAACAGCAACGGAAGCUGGAGGUUCAACCUACCUGAACAAAGGUUCAAGGUCAACUCCAUGCUUGCUGCAUCGUUUGAACGCGUUUUGUACUAUGCUUAUGGGAUCAAUGACAGUCCCAAGCUGGAUUCGAAGGUUACCGGUGUCUUUUCUACCUCAGCAGCUUACAUCCUGGAUGCGCUGCGACCUCAGUCGACAACGGACCUGACUUUCAACCCAAUUCUCCGAUUGAUCACUGAAGGUCUUCAAGCUCCUCCCACACUCCACCUUCGAUACCUCAACCUAGUCGAAAACCAGGUCAAUUCAACACUGCGGCUUUGUAUCAGACUUGUGCAGGCAGCGCAACUGGCUGAGAAGCCUACCUCCCUUCUGGAGGAACAGUUGUUCAAGGCGAGCCCGGUUCUUGUCAAGCUCUAUGCCCUGCACGAUGCAUUCAAAUUACCGGUUGUGUCGAUGCUCGAGAUUUUGGUCUCCAGCGCUGCUUCAAUUCCAGACAACGAGCCACCAUCCCUUGUUGGCCACCUUGGGGCCGAGUCCUCCUGCCUGUUCCUUGACGUAUUAUCACAGCUUGACAAGCCUUUGGGUGAUACAUCCUUGCAACUCGCAAUAUGGCAGCUUCUGUCAACAUUCGUCAGCAAGCGCCAGCAGUGGCUUGCAGUGUUCAUUUUGACGGGAGCAUCUCCUCGUCAGACUCUGAAGAAGGAGGUCUCUUCCGAUGGACUAAGAAUGCGAAGUGCGCCUUUCCUGCAGAUGGCGCUCGAGAAGUUGUCCCACAUCGACCAACUGGAGCCACAGGUGGCUUUGGCCUUGCUCGAAUUUGUCUCUCGUGCACAAGAAAACUGGCCGUGGGCCACUCCUCAUCUCGGCAAACAUCCCCAGUUCUUCACUAGCAUUAUCAACCACGUCUCAAAGUUGAAGAUCGCCAAAUUACCCGUGGCGGACCAAAUCCAUAGCACACGGAUAGCGGCUGUUGUCGCGGACCUUUGCGCUGUCUACAUGCAUUCUGCAAAGGAAGUGAACGACCGAAGCUUUAUCAAAACUAUGAUUCCAUUGAUAUCUUGGUUUUCUCAUGGCGCGGUUGAAGUUUCCGCUUACAAUUCGUCGUUGCAUGCCAACUUGAAGAAGAACUUCGAGAAUCGAUACUCGGGUUGCAAAAUUGACGACUUCAAGAGAACAUUCCUCGAAGCUCGUACUCUUGGACAAGAUUACUACUACGACUUGAGUAUGGCAGAGAAGCUGCUAUCCUACGACUUUGCCUGGGCUGGAAGCCGAAACCGUGGGUUUGCCGAUGAGUUCCAGCGCGCCAAUAUCAACCUGUCUCUUGUCGAGGCACAGGUGGAUCUUCUCAACAGUUGGAAGUUCUUUGCCAUCGAGCAUUGCAGGGACUUCAUGCCCGAUCACGAAAUCCGAAAGUCAAUGGCAAUUGUUGCGCAAAACUGCCUAAUCGCCAAUACCGAAAGCAGUGCUUCCGAGGCCAUCUUUGAAAGAAUCAAGCAAAGGCGCGUUGACUUCGCCCAAGCUCUCCUCCAGCUGCUCGUUGAGGUGGGUGCCAGAGGUGCCGAGGUCUUCCAGCUACUUGAAAUCGCCUGGAAUGCACUGCGAGCCCGGCACCCGACGUAUGAAGAUGCUCUGAUCCAUGACGACACAGAUUAUUUCCGGUCUCUCCUGAAUGUGCUAUUCCUUGCCCUUCAGUUCCACCUGGACGGUCCCUCUCGCGCGGCCCCCGAGGUCAUCAACAAGAAGGCCGAGGUUUCGUCGGAUCUGACGGUUAUCGUGGAAAUUGUAAAGACGAUUGUGGCACAGGGCUUCAGAACUCUCACCACGUAUUUGCACGACGAGCCUGAAAAGUGCACAACAAAGGACUUUUCCAUCAUCAUUGCCAUUCUCCAGACGGUCUUGCAAGUGAAGAACGCCGAUCGCCUGUAUGAGCAUAUCGUGUACCACAUUGAGGAGAACGAGACUGUUCGCCAUGCAACAACGCUCUUCUCUUGGGCCGAUCAACUAGCCGCGGCAGGUGACCCUGUUUACGCCCAACACAGUGUCUCGAUCCUCGUCAAGAUGUCAACGCUGCCCAUGCUCGCAGAACACCUGGCCGUUGAGGCAGUCUUGAUGAAGCUCUCUACCUGCCGUCUCACAAACCUCCUCUCCCAGACCCAAGGGUUCGGACCCUUCGAUCAAGUUCCCCGCCUGUUCGCUAUCUGGACUGGAGGUUUCCUUCCUCUAUGCUUGAACCUCCUCUACAGUGUCAUGCGCACCGCACCAGAAGUUGCCGCUUUCCUGAACCAGUUUGAAGGCCGUCUAACCCGUGCCUCGGACGCAUUCUCCACCGCGCAUGCGGGCGUCGCCAUCGCACCAUCCUCGAACUGGAUAACGCUUGGCAUGGCCUCCGAGGCCAAUUCCCUCGCUCUGAUCUCCCACAUCCUGGACCGAUACCGAGAGGCCGGCGCCAGUGCUGGAAUUGACACUCAGGCCAUUCAGGCUCUCAAGUGGGAUAAGAUGCAGGUCAAGGAAGAUAUUGAGGAACUGCUUGGCCGCCGCUCUGUUCUGCGGGCUCGCAUUGUCCCAACGUGUGAUAAGGAGAUUGAAUGGACCCGGAAGAAGCCUCUCAGCUCGUCUUCUGGGGCAGAAAACCGGUUGGAGGAGAAGGUUGUCAAUCAGAUGAAGGCGGCACUUGGGUGUCUCAAGGAGGAUUCAUGA